AUGAAGACCUCCUUCGCUGCCGUUGCCUUCGCCUUGGCCUCUGUUGCCUACUCCCAGGACAUCUCCGACCUCCCCAGCUGCUCGCUCAACUGCUUCGUCACCACUCUGGGCAGUGAUGGUUGCUCGUCUCUCACCGACUUUGAGUGCCACUGCAAGGUCCCCGGCCUGACCGACGAAAUCACUCCCUGCGUCCAGAAGGCUUGCUCUGCCGAUGACCAGAAGACCGUUGCUGAGCAGGUUGUGGCUCUCUGCGAGCAGUACGGCGUCACCAUCUCUGUGCCCGCCGUCUCCUCGACCGCUGCUCCGUCGUCCAGCGCCGCCGCCAGCACCCCAGCAUCUUCCUCUGUUGCGCCUACUUCCGAGUCCUCGGCGGCUUCUUCUUCCGCUUCGGCCUCUGCCACCGCUUCGGCCUCUGCCACGUCGACCGUGACUUCUUCCCCCUCGGCUACCGACGUCGUCGUCUCCACCCCAGUGGCUACCCCGACCACCCCGGGCGCCACUACUCCCGGCGGUUCCACCCCGACCCCGUCGCAGUUCGAGGGUGCCGCUCCCACCGCUGGCGUCUUCAGUGGCGUGGUUGGUCUUGCCGUCGCUGUUGCCGCUGUCGCCGGCUUGUAA